GCGGCGCUCACAAAACCCCCUAAGACCAAAUAUCGCCGUUUUUUUCGUUUUCUGUCGACGUGGCAUCCAAUUUCUCGUCCGGACACCAAAUGGCGGCGCCUGUCCCCCCUGCAUGCAUGUCUGACACCUGCUGCUUGUGUAAGAAUGCGUCAGUUGACUUUUUAUAAAAAAAAAAAAAAACAAAUGAAAAGUAACCGCGGUAAUUUAUUUUUUUCUCUCUCCUACUUUUCCUUUUCCCCACUCGCUCCCCUCACUUCCGUUUCACUAUUUUCGUUUCAAAUAUUUUCGCCACGCUUCGUCUUCUUCCCCUCGUUUUUUCGUUUCUUCGCUGACACUGACCUAGGGUUUGCUCCUUUCCCAUUUUUCGUUCAAUCUUUCUCAUUUUCCUCGCAUUCUUCCCCAUUCUUCCUCCAUUGUUCAACAUUGUCUUUCAUUUACCGAAGUGUAAAAAAUAUAAGUAAAAUCGCUGAAAAACCUAACUAAAAGAGAACAUUACUUCUGCAACAAAGAACAAGAAAGUGAUUAAAGGUUUUUAGUUUGUGUGGCUGCAAAAAAUGAAGAGAAAAGGAUUCAGUAGACGAAAACGAAAAGAAAAGAGUGAUUACAGAAGCGGGCCUCCUGGAACUGCUGGGUAUGGCUUGAUGGAUAGUUCCAGCAGCGAUGAUGUUGUUGAAGUUUCCCCUGCAGAAUUAAAUUGUUUUACCAUCAACUUACACAUUGGUGGGGAACUUGGGGAGUGGGGAUAUCAUAACGGGGAAGUGAAGAGUAGGGUAUAUAACCUUGAUGUCAUUACAAUGGGUAAGUUUGAUAAAUGGGUGGCAAAACUGUUACCCAAGAAGCUUGUUGACUACCAUUGGAAAGAGACAGCCGUAGAAUAUAACGUGGGGAUAAAACCAAUUAGCCAUGAGGAUGAUUUUAUGGAAAUGGCUAAGGCUGGGUCAAAGGCGGGGAGUGUUGAGGUGUACGUUAGGGAGUACUCCGUUGGGGAUGUUAGGAAAUUACAGCCUAAGAGAAGUCCUAGUCCUCCCCCUCCAUCAGCAGUUGUCUUAGAGGAAAUUGAAGAACCGAAGGACAGUUUCAGUUAUCCUAGUCUGGGCCUGGUGUUGAGUCAGGAAAAUUGGGAGAAGCAUGGGGAUCGUGGCUUCAGAAAAAAGGCGCCAGAUGCCAUCAGAAUGGUGCAAAGUCAGGGGCCAGGGGUGAAAACGCAAGGGAGCCAGGGGCCAUUGUUGAGAAGAAGGUCAGCAAGUCAAGGACCACUAAUGAUUGAAGGCCAAUGGGAACCUGAACCCCCCCCCCCCCUCCGUACACAGCCGUUGGUGAAUCAGAGGUUCGACAGUGGAUGAAAAAAACUAUGGAAGAUCUGAUGAGGGCGGGGCCUAGUGAGGGGCAAAAUCUAGCUGAGAGGUUUGAGGAGGUGCAAAAUGAGGGGCUGAACGAGGGGCUAAAUGAGGGAGAAAAUCAAAAUCUGAAUGAGGGGCUAA